CCCUCUAUCCAUCUCCUGCCGCCCACCGGCCAACCCGGGGCCGAGUCGUCUGCGCGCGUGCCCCCGGGCUCAGGCCCGUCCCCGGUCCUCGUGGGAGCCGCCGCCUUCACCGCCGCCGCCUCUGCAUCCACCGCGCCAGAGGCGCCCGGGUGGGCCCCGGCGUGAGCAUCGGGCGCCCCCCACCGGAGUGCACGACCCCCGGAACCGCCCUCUACACGGACUGCGCCCGCCGGGCACACAAGAAUGGUCACUAUACUCGGGGCCAUGGAGUCUCAGGUGGCGGGGGGCCCGGCAGGCCCGGCCCUGCCCAACGGGCCACUCCUUGGUACAAACGGAGCCACUGAUGACAGCAAGACCAACCUCAUUGUCAACUACCUGCCCCAGAACAUGACCCAGGAUGAGUUCAAGAGUCUCUUUGGCAGCAUUGGCGACAUCGAGUCCUGCAAGUUGGUGCGAGACAAGAUCACAGGGCAGAGCCUCGGCUAUGGGUUUGUGAACUAUUCUGACCCCAAUGAUGCUGACAAAGCCAUCAACACCCUCAACGGCCUCAAAUUGCAGACCAAGACCAUCAAGGUGUCCUAUGCCAGACCCAGCUCCGCGUCCAUCCGGGACGCCAACCUGUAUGUCAGUGGGCUCCCCAAGACCAUGAGCCAGAAGGAGAUGGAGCAGCUCUUCUCCCAGUAUGGCCGAAUAAUCACCUCACGUAUCCUGGUGGAUCAGGUCACAGGUGUGUCUCGGGGUGUGGGCUUCAUCCGCUUUGACAAGAGGAUUGAGGCUGAGGAGGCCAUCAAAGGACUGAAUGGGCAGAAGCCACUGGGCGCAGCCGAGCCCAUCACGGUCAAGUUUGCCAACAACCCGAGUCAGAAGACGGGGCAGGCCCUGCUCACUCACCUCUACCAGUCGUCCGCCCGGCGCUACGCAGGCCCCUUGCACCACCAGACGCAGCGCUUCCGGCUGGACAAUCUGCUCAACAUGGCCUACGGAGUCAAGAGGUUCUCGCCCAUCGCCAUCGACGGCAUGAGCGGCCUCGCAGGCGUGGGUCUGUCCGGCGGCGCGGCAGGUGCUGGCUGGUGCAUCUUCGUGUAUAAUCUGUCACCGGAGGCGGAUGAGAGUGUGCUGUGGCAGCUGUUCGGGCCCUUUGGAGCAGUCACCAACGUCAAGGUUAUCCGAGAUUUCACCACAAACAAGUGCAAGGGCUUUGGCUUUGUCACCAUGACCAACUACGACGAGGCGGCCAUGGCCAUCGCCAGCCUCAACGGCUACCGCCUGGGCGAACGAGUGCUGCAGGUCUCCUUCAAGACGAGUAAACAGCACAAGGCCUGAGCCACAGCCGCCGCCGCCCUCCCCACCCCUCCCCGGGCAGCAGAGAGAGAGAGAGAGAGAGAGAGAGACAGCGCAGGCAGACCACGGAUGACGUGAGCCCUACGUCCCUGCAGAAGCCACAGGGUGAGCAUGCAGGGCCGGGAGGGUCUGCAGGGAAUGGGGGUCCCUAUCUCCUGCCCCUACCCCAGGCUGGGCUGUUCACUCUCUCGUCUUAGUUUUGUUCAUGGCGAAGGUUUUUGUUUCUUUUUUCGGCUAAAAAGAAAGCAGAGAUGUGCUCCUACCCCACCCUCAAACACCCUCCAUGGGGGACUUGGGAGGUACUAGGGUUUCCCCUUAGGAACCCUUAACCAGGUCCCCAACAUCUCGGAGGGCCUGGAGAGGGGGAACAGGUUUAAAAAUCCCCAACCAAGAGAAACGUGAGGAGGUGUGGUCAUUGUUGGCCAGAGCCUCCCCGUGAGGGUAGGGAGAAAGGUAGGGGCUGGGAGCAGAAACAAAAUGUCAAAAAAAAAGGGGGUGGGUGGGAGGGGAAGAAAACUCUAUUUUUGUAAAAAGGGUAAAAGACCUCGUGGAGAAUUUUUACUGGGGAUUCUUGAACUUGAAAAAAAAAAAAAAGACAAAAAA